AUGGCUCAGGAUCUCUAUCUACUCUCCCUGAUUCUUUUCAGUGCCUUGAACCUGCAAAGUGUUCUCUCAUGGAGGAUGCAGAAUUCUACAAAUGAUAUUAAUGAUCAAUGCCCCCCACAACCCCACCCUUUUGGCUUUUUUGGGACUGGACAUGGGACCAACUUGCUGAUUAUGAUCUUCCUGCUGUACUUCAGUUUGUCUAUAACAAAACAGGAGGCCAGAAAGUCCACUAUAUUGGUCACUCCCCUGACAAUUCACAUGCUAGGUUAUCACGAGUUCAAUCCUCUUGGGCGAGUUGCACAAGAACUGUUAGGAGAAGUCUGCGUCGACCCAGACGUCGACUGUUAUGAUUUAUUUUCAUCUGUAGCAGGACCGGACUGCUGCCUCAAUGCUUCGACUACAUGCAUCUUCCUGCAGCACGGUCCACAGUCAACCUCUGUCAAAAACAUGAUUCACAUGUCGCAGCUGGUCAGGAAAUCAUCGAUCAGAAAGUACGAUUAUGGAAACAAGAAGGAGAACAUGAAGCACUACAAUCAGACACGGCCCCCGCCAUACGACCUCUCGUCCAUCCCGCGGCAUGUCCCCUUGUUCCUCGCCCAUGGCGGCCAAGAUUUCCUCGGCGACGUCCCUGACACGAGGCACCUCCUGCGGACGAUCAUCAGGGAGCAUGACAGCGAUGACAUUGAGGUGCUGUACAUGCCUGACUAUGCGCACGGCGACUUUGUCAUGGGCUACAAUGCUCCACAACUCAUAUACAAGCCCAUGGUGGAAUUCUUCAAGCGUCACUGA